ACGACGCGGCGCAUCAAAGGCGAGAGAUCACCGAGGCUGAUAGAGCCGGAGCCGAAGCAGUAGCAGCAGGGACAAGUCGAGACGCACACGCGCAUGUACACUCCGAGACUAAACUUACCGAAUUCCGCGAAAAAAGACAAAAAAGAUGCUCCAGUUCGGCGGCAGGGCGUGCGGCGUUCCCGCGCUUGUCUCUCUGAUUCUGGUGGCGUUGGCGGCGGCAUCAUCUGAUCUAUUUGACAACCAACUGGGCGAUAUCAAUUACUGCAAAAAGCAAUGCCAGAUGACCAUCAAAAACAAAAGCCCUGCCAAAGACUCCAUCAUGAAUGCCUGUCACCGUGGUUGCCGGCUCUACUCCAUCUGCCAGUUUGUGAAUGGAAAUGCAGGUAUCAAUACCAGCAAGGAAGAAUGUCAGGGAGCAUGCCAGGAGGCCUAUAGUAAAUUUCUGGAGCAGGAGGCCUGCAGCACAGGGUGUGCCAGCCAACCCGCUGAACCAGAGAUCAAAAGGAUGAAGCUUAAGGCCCUAACCAACCGCCCCAAACCCAUCUCUGUGAUGGAUGCUGUGACCAGCUGGUGUAAUGACAUCGUCAGUUCUGCCCAGAGCUUCAUUUCCUCCACCUGGACCUUCUACCUGCAGGCUGAUGAUGGGAAGGUAGUUGUGUUCCAGAGUCAGCCAGAGAUUGAGUACUCCUUGCCUGAGUUACAAGCCCCACGCUCCAAUGUGGCUGACAAGCCCUGGCCCCAAGUCAACUCCCACACACAGCGGCCACAUACGGGUGGGCGCUCACAUGGAGAAAGAAAUGCAGAAAAACCUGGGGUGAAAGGAAAGCAUGUCAGCCAACAUGCCGAGGAACCAACUGCUGAGCACGACUUUCUGGGGUGCAUGUCAAGGCGCUCAGGACUGCCACGUUGGAUUUUAGCAGCAUGUCUUUUCCUGUCUAUCAUGGUCAUGUUGUGGCUGAGCUGUGCCAGUCUUGUCACAGCACCUGAGCAGCAGGUCAAGACUCAGCUAAGCAUCAAUGGAGAUAAAGACUUCUUGGAUGACACCCAGAAGGUCAACCCCUACCUUUUGACGCCAGUGAUCGCUAUGACAAUUGGGCAAUCUGAGGAGAGCAAGGAGGCGGGGCCACUCCCGGUCAAAGUUGACCUCAGCAAAACAUCACUUUAAAAGCACUGAGGAGGUGGAUAAUUUUUAUGAAUAGGGUUUAACUCGUCUCCAGAGCCAUUUCUCUCAAAUUUAAGGGGAAGUCGCAUCAUUUUUCUAAAUAAAAAAAUACAUGACGUAAUUUAUUAUUAUUGGCUACGAAGUACGUCCUGUCUCAAUCCUAGUCACCGCAAUACGCAAACCUUGUGGAUUCGUAGUUUAGGUGCUUGUUCACAUAAUGUACUAACUUAAGCAUUUCAGCUAUAAUCUAUACAUUGAAAACACUAAUGUUUGAGCUCAUUAAACAAUUAAGCAGCAAGUGUCUUAUUGCUAUUGUGAUUCAUUCUUAUUGAUUUCUUGAAAUACGCAUUGUAUAAACACUUUGGGCUCUGACUGUAGAUAAAGCCACUUACAGUAUAUAAACCUCGAAAAAAAAGAGUAGGAUUAUUUGUCAAGGUUUGGAAGCUUCGUCCAGCAUUUUAAAUUAAGACACAUACUGCAACAGAAUUAACGAUGAAUAAGUGCUCCUCCCCGUUAAUUAGUGUCUCACAAAGGCUGAAAAAUGUGCUUUGAAGGUGAUGUGUUGGAGAGAGUUCAACUUCAUUGCGCACUUAAAUUCUCGCUUUGAUCUUCGAUGGCCUGAAAGGAGCAAUGGAAAUAUCAAAGGCAAGCAAUCAGCAGCAGAUCUUGUUUUGUAACAGAUGCUUGAUGGCAUUUACAAAAUAUUCACAUGAGUGUAAAUAUGUCCUUUUGAACUGAUGUCAUCAACCUGACAAGGACUCUUAGGGGGCUUUCACACUUGGUUCGAUUGCCUGUUCCGAACCCGAGUUCGAUUGCUCCCCCCUGCCCCCGAUGGACUGUGUUCACAUUAUAUAUUUGUAUCCGAACCGCGGUACGCUUGCGUCAUCAAGCUGCAGCUGGUGCGUAAUCGUGUUGCUUGAUAACCGCAAAAUGAAAAGGCGUCAAAAUUCAAUGAAUAGACUUGCUCGGUUCACAUUUGUUCUUCUUUUUUUUAACCUUUGGUUUUGUUUUCAACAUCAAGAUACAGAAACACACUUGUGUCUGUCUGCCGCAAAAAAAAUACUGAAAUCGUUCAAAAGACAGCGGGCUGUCCGCCGAAGACAAUUUUUGCGAAGGCAAGCAGAAAUCAUCUCUCUGCUUGCAGUGCGUGUGCGUCAAUCCCGCUUUCGUCAAGGUAAGUGUAUACACACACACCGCAUCGAAAGUAAACCCUUUCCGCUCAUUUUGAAAGUGACGCGUGUGAGACUGACGACCACAUUAUACGUCAUCAAUAGCGGUUCACUUCCGCGGUUUGGUUCGAUUGCGUUCAUAUCAGCAGCGAUAUGAUAUGGAGUUCAUACUGGAGUUCACAUGAACCGUACCCCAGACCACCUUUUUAAGGGGACCCGAGUACGGUUCGCGGGUGCGCACCCGAGUUCGGAAGACAGCGUUCACAUCAUCCAAACGAACCGAACUCUGACGUCAUUCGAACCGGGGUGCGCACCAAAAGUGCUAGUGUGAAAGCCCCCUUAAUUACUUUUAAAAACAGUGAAUGCUGGUAGUUUAAAUGGUUAAAUAAAUAAUUAGUUUUUGAAGAUUUUGGGAUGUUUUAUACGCAGACAAGAAUAAAUUAAUUUUAAUUUGCCUAACCACACUUCCUAUAUCUAAGUUAAGGAAACAUGGUGUGUAUUUAUUUAUAUAUUUAUUAAUUUCUCUAUUCAUUAAAAGCUUAGAGUAACACAUCAUAUAGCAAGUGUAGCGUUUCAUCUCGUUUAGUUAGCUCUUCGAUUUUAUUGCUUGACUGUAAAAUUGAUGGCCAUUAUAAAGAGAAAAAAAACGUUGUAAAUGGUUGUGUUAUUCCAAUGCCUGAUUCUCCAUCUAUGCCCGCUUACAGACAUUGUUUCAUUCUGUUGGGAAAAGGUAAUCCAAAGGUUGUUGGGGUGGAGUUAGGGGCGGGUUCUGGAUAAUGGUGGUUCCCCUCUGCCUAGCGCCAGACUUUGACAAAUAUAUCUAGUGUGACCAGACUGUUGAAUUGAGGUGCAUUCAUAGCACUAUUUGUCUUGUGCAGCUAUUUUACCUUAUUUAAACUCAUCCAGAGUGCAUGCUAUUAAGCUAAGAGAUACUGAAUAAAUCGCCCCAUCUCUUUUUGGACGCAAACUGCUCUAUGCUCAUGAUAUUUGUGUUUUUGCUUAAUGUUAAGUAGGCAUUGUAAUUAUGACAAUAUAUUAUUAAGAAAAGGUGAGGUAUACCUUAAGCCAUUUAUAUAUCGACUGGUUCUAAGCCACAUCUUUACUGUAUUAAAUACAAUGAUAUCGGGUUUUUCUUUUUUUUAACAGUUUGCCAUAAAGUAAUCCAUAAUAUCGGAUGAAUAAAGUGUUUUCAUGUUGUAAAUAAUCUGGUGUUGAUUCAGUUUCUGUUCAAGCAUAUAUGGAAGAACUUUAGUUAUACAAUAAAAGUAAUAGCU